CUUCUUCUUCUCCCUUGCAGCCGAACAAGGAGCCCAAGCCACCGACAACACCCACCCUCUUGAGAAACGGUAAAAGCUUGAUUUUUCCCUUCUUUCUUGUUCAAGAACAAGAUUUAGAACUUAGAAAUCUUCUCCCCACAGAAAAUUUCAGAUUUGCUUUGUUCCUUCCCCUCCGUCCGUUGCUCUUGACUAUGGGUGUGAAAUUUUUCGGUUUCUGAUCCCCUAAGUUCUUCACUUCCCGCCGGUUUCCCUAACCCACCAGCUCCGAUUCUGCUUGCUGAAUUUCUGGUUCUUGAUUAUUCUGUCACCCUAGCACUGGGAGUGAGUUUCUGUGUUAUGCGAUUGUGUGGGAGUUUGCAAACGCUAGCACAUGUUGACAUGUGUACCGAUAGGACCGGUUCAUUCUGUAAUCCUGCCAAUGGGAUAAUACGUUGGUUAUUACUGAAAUUGACGCAUGCCAAUGGGAGUUGUUAAACACUGGCGAUGACUUAUAGAUGAGACUAUUACUAAAUCUUAUUCUGUAUUAACGGUUUUCAUUGAACGCUUUGUUAUUGACUUAUAGAUGAGACUACUACUGAAUCUUAUUCUGCAUUAACGGUUUAUCAUUGAACGUUUUGUUAUGUUAAAUUGUUUAUCAAGCAUGCUAAAAUUUUACUAAUGGGCUACUUAUAUUUUUACUUGCUGAGAUAUCUUAUCUCAUAGUUUUUCUUGUCCACUAUUUCAGGAAGUGAAACCCGAGACUCGGUUAACUAGGGGGAGUGACGAGCUAGAAGGCUAGUCAGUAUUUUGGAUUUAGAUCAUUUUUGGACUUAAGCCGUUAGCCACAAAUGCUUGACAUAGGUGUAAAAUGAUUAAUCAUUUUUUUUUGUAUAUUGAGUUUCCCUUGGUUAUAGCCAUGACUGUCUUAUAAACUUUUGUACAUCUUGACUAGUAAAUUUUGGUAAUGGAA